CGUUUGCAUGAGUUGUGUGUUCAAAAGGAUAAUACGCAUCUCUAUGGAUUUUUUGACCCACAUACCAUUCAAGAUGUGGGGAACAAGCGUGAAGAUGUCCAAACUUACAUACUGACUCAGCUCACUGAAGGAAACAAAGAGUGUUACUUGAUACCGUAUUAUUAUCCAAAUCAUUGGCAGUUGUAUGUGUUGUGUCCAAGAAAGAAUUCAAUUGUAUUCUUGUGCUCUUUGGGAAACAAACCAAAACCAAACAUGAAGACUCUUCUAGAUUUGGCUAUGCAGGCACAUCAACUGACAAAAAAUAAAAGGAAUUCUAAACCGAAAUGGAUCAAGCCAAUGUGCCGAAUGCAAAGUGGAAGUUAUGAAUGUGGUUACUAUGUUAUGAAACAUAUGAGUACUAUUAUCUCUGCUAAUGUUGUUGAUUCAUGGAUAGAGGUAUUCAAUGUUCAAGAUCCAUUUAGUGAAGAAGAUAUCAAUCAGAUUCGAG